AUAGUUAGCUUUAAGAUCUUUUAAUUUUGUUACGUUCAUAAGUGCAGUUAAAGAAACAGGUUAAAAACAAAAUAUAUAAUCAAAAUCGCACGUUGCAAUGCUUUAAAAAUGUAAAAUCUUUUUAAAAAUUGUGUUACGUAUCGAGUGAUAUAUAUUUAAUCUAGGCCUAAUAUUUAUUCAUUACUUCUAAGUGUUUUAUAUAUUUUUUUCUUUCUGAAUACGGCCUCUACAAAUUACCGCUUAUGGGCGAAAGGUAAACAGUAUGUUAUAAGUGAAAUACUGUUUUGUAUAUUCGUCUUUUGUUCUUUUUAUUAUUCAGGAAAACAUUUUUGUCGUAGUCAUAUAUGAUUAUUCGUAUUAUUUUUAAAACAAGUUACUAUAUUUUAGUAUUUCUGUAAUCGGCUUGGACGUUUAGUAAACAUACAAGAUUUGCUAUGGAAGAAUUAUAUAGCAGCGAUGAUUCAGGAGAUGGUAAGUCUAACCGAAGUCCUUCUCCUGAACAAAGCUCUCAUUCUGAAGCAGGGGAUCAAAGUGAUCAAGAGUCAGGACAAGUUGCCAGAUCAUAUCGCAGUGAACGAUCUGAAGCAAAUGAUAGUGACUCUGGUGAUGGAAGAGCAUCAUCUCCGAAUGGUCAAAGAGAUUCAGAUGAUGCUUCUGAAAGACAGGAUUCAGAUCAAGAAUCUAGAGGUCAGCAAUCAGAUGAGGAAAUGCAACAAUCUGAUGCUGAAGCUCAACAAUCUGGAGCUGAACAUUCAGAUGGAGAAGAACAGCAAUCAGAUGUUGAACAACAGUCUGAGGCUGAACAGAUGUCUGAGGCUGAAGAUGAAGCUCCACAAUCCGGAGGAGAGCAGCACUCUGAAAAUGGGGAACAAUCUGAUGUUGAAGCACAACAGUCAGAUGCUGAAGCAGAACAUUCUGAAGCUGAGCAAUCAGGUGCUGAGGCUGAACAAUCUGAGGGUGAGCAAUCUGAUGUAGAAGCUCAACGGUCAGAUGCAGAAAUGGAACAUUCUGAUGUUGAAGCACAACAUUCGGAUGCUGAAGUUCAGCAGUCAGAUGCUGAACAAUCUGAUACUGAGGCUCAACAAUCUGAUGCUGAAGCAGAGCAAUCUGAUGUGGAAGCUCAGCACUCUGAUGCUCAGCAAUCAGAUCCUGAGGACCAACAGUCAGAUGCAGAACAGCACUCAGAUGCAGGUCAGCAUUCUGAUGCAGAGCAACACUCUGCUGGGGAAGAACAGCAAUCAGAUGCUGAGAUGCAGCAUUCUGAUGCAGAAUCUGAGGCUAGGCAUUCAGAUGCAGGAUCUGAGGUGCAACACUCUGAUAGGGAGAGUGUUAAAAAUGCAUCCGGAGAUGAUGCUUCUGAGCAUCAAGUGUCAGAUGAAGAAAAUGAUAAAAGUGGUUCUGAAGAUGAGCACAAUUCUGCACGUAGUGCUACUCCACAAAGUGCAAGAGUUCCAUCAGAUGCAGAAUCUCCAAGGGGUAGUCCAGUUGCCUCUGAUAGGGGUAGCCCGGCUGAGGAACUUUCUGAUAAAGCACAUUCUGAUGCCGAAAAAGAACAAUCAGAUGUAGCGUCUGACAAUGAGCGAUCUGAUGAUGGUCGAAGAGAAGAUUCAGAUGAUGAAGAUGUGGUUCGACCAAAAAAGAAACGAAAAACUGUAUCUCAUGAAUCAGAUUCAAAUGAAGAUAAAGAAGAAAGGGGCAGUGAGAAUGAAGAUGCCUCUGGAGAUGAAUCGAUAAAGAAGAAAAAAAGGAAAAGAAAGUUUAGUGGUGACAGUCAAAAUGAUUCUGAUCAUGAUUCCAAUUUAGAAUCUAAGAAAAAGAAGAGAUUGAUUAUCGAUGAUUCUGAUGGAGGUGGAAAACACUAUCAGGUGGCGGAAGGCGUACGAUGAUGAUGGAAAUAUGACACCCGAAAGUAAUGCUAGAAUCAUCAAGUGGUCUGAUGGCAGUUUGUCACUACAUUUAGGUUCUGAAAUAUUUGAUAUUUAUAAACAGACCUUGAUGUCUGGAGACCAUAAUCAUAUUUUUAUACGUCAAGGAACUGGUUUACAAGGGCAAGCUGUCUUCCGGACAAAGCUAACAUUCAGACCUCAUUCUACUGACAGUUUCACUCAUCGUAAGAUGACCCUCUCCCUUGCUGACAGAAAUCAAAAGACUCAGAAAAUCAGAGUGGUGCCCAUCGUUGGAAAAGAUCCUGAAGCUCAUCGUUGGGAAAUGAUUAAGCAAGAAGAAGACAAACUGAGGGCAUCCAUUCGCCGUGAGAGUAAGCAAAGGAGAAUAAAAGAUAAGUCUCAUUCCAGUGGUCUCAGCCGUUCUUAUCUGGAGCCUGAUCGCUAUGACGACGACGAUGAUGGAGCCAUUUCACUGUCUGCUAUUAAAAACAAAUAUAAAAAAGGGGCUGCAGCAUCCAAAGACAGGCCUAAUAUAUAUUCUUCUGAUGAAGCAUCAGACGAUGAAGAAAGAGAGAAAAGAUUGGAACAAGCUAAGGAGAAUGAGGAAGAUGAUGAGAGUGAUCUGGAUUAUUUUGAUCGUAAAGAUGGAAAGAAGAAAACGGUAAAUAUUGAAGAGAGCGAUGAUGAAGAUUAAUUGUAAUAUAAAUUGCCCACUUUACUUAGUGUAAAUAAAUUUACUUUCAUUUUAA